AUGAGGAGGGGGUUUGAGCGGCUGCUGAGGAAGCUGCUGCGGCUGAGGAGUGAGCCGGCACUUCUGGUGCUGCACUGGUGGGCGCCGCUGUACUUCCAGUCAUCCUUCUGGAAUGUGGCAGAAGACGAACUGGAUGUGAUCGCAUCCUACUACCGCGUGCAGAGUAUAUCCUUCAGGGAUGCAUUCUACGUCCCAAUCAUGGCGGAUCGGCCAGGCUUCCGAUUGGAGGAUAUUUUCUGCGACAUAGUCCACCCAAACGCCGUGGGCCACAGGCUGUUUGCGGAGCUGGUGGUGCUACAGCUGCAGGAGGUGCUGGCAGGGCUGCUGCUGGCACCUGCUGCUACUGGUGGCACCUGGCUGCAGGCGAUGCCUCCGCCGCUCUUCCUCGGCAACGAGGCCGCCGGGCAGGCCAUCUGCCUCAAAGGGAACGCCCUCCUGUCCGCGGUCGUCAGCGCCAAGGGGGAAUGGAAAUGGGUGGAUGAGGCGAGGGAGGGGGCGCAGCAGGCCAAGUGGGGCAUGCUCAGCACCCAGGCUGGGGAUGAGCUGCUGCUCAGAAUAGACCACAACAGCCCCUUACCAGCACAGGGGGAUUCAGGGGCAAGCAGUUCUAGCGUUGUGGUGGGAUUGGGUCUUCUGAAGAGCUACAAGGAUGUGGGCGCUGCGGCUGUCGGCUGCUCUGGUGGCUGCUCCUGCAACCAGACCCGCUUUGAGCUGCUGCAUGACCAGCAGGUGUCGCAGGUUUACUGGUUUUAUGUAUUUGUGACGCUCUCGUCGCAGCCGACCUCUGCUCAAGACUGUUACAUGUCCGUCACUGUGGAGUCUGCCAUUGUACCAAACGGAGUCAAUAAAGUCAAGGUUACGUCACUGAUGGUGAGCGAGGAUGACAGAGCAGAGAACGGAAACAUGUUCACGGUUCUCAAGAGCACUGACGCAGAAGGGAACAAUUCUGGAUGA